CAUCCAUCUUACUAGCGGUACAUGACGUUCUGGAUGAAUAGUUUCUCAUCAACUGAACAUCAUUAAGAUGCUCAGACUGCGUCAGAAUCUCACGCAGCGACGAUCAUGGCAAACUUUCCGAAGACGUAAGCUCUGAGGGUACCAAGAAAAAAAAUCUAAGCUCACGCGACCCGGGUGGUUCUGCAAGGUGCGAUCUUUGUUAUAAAUAGUUUGAACCGGGCUGGUCGUGGAUUAGUGAAGAACCGGUACUGACGGAACCGACUCGGCGUUACCCAGAUUUCAGCGUGUGUGUGUGAGUGUGCCGAGUGACCAUGAAACCAAAGACAUCUUGGGAGUUUGUAUGUUUAGUGCUUGCGAUCAGCUUUGGACAGUUGCAAGGACAUGUGGUUAAACGCGGAUCUUACGGAGGCAGUUAUAGUAGCGCGUCGGCAUCUGCACAUGCAUCUUCCUUCAGUGGUGCAUUUACAACAGGAAAUGGAGUGGAUCUACCGAAUCUAAAAGUUGGUAGCACUGCUUUUGCGUCAGCCAACGCUGAUGCUAAAGCAGGUGCUUCUGCGGGUGCUUCUGUUGGAGCUGUAGCAGGUGCUGGUGCUGUAUCUAGUGAUGUAGCAAAAUCUGGAGCUGGAUCAGGUUCAUACUCCCACGCUGGAGGUUCGUCGGGAGGCUACGCCAACAAUAAUCUAAUUUCUGGUAGUGACGUUGGUCCCGAAUUUAGUCCUAAACAACAAUCUAACUCAUAUUCCACUUCUGGAAAAAUCCUCGCUGGCGGUCAAGCAAGCGCCAACCUUCAGGGAAUCUCAAGUGGAAGCGUCAAAGGCGGAUGUACUAGCUGCAAAGGUCCAUUUCCCGGUCCAAAUGGCAGCAUCUUUGAGUCAAAACCAGCCCCACCAGGAGGUGGUGGUCCAGAUGCUGCUUGGUUGCAGACUCCUACCCAAGCGCCGAUAGUACCCCAAACACCAAGCAAAGGCGGUUACGCACAUAGCGGCGCGGUCUCUACUUCUUCUGGAACCACUGGAUUAUCUUAUCACCUAGUUACUUCUCUCCCUGGAUCUCAUGGAAGUAUCUUUGAUAGCAAGCAUGUGGGAGGUGCUUAUGUUGCUUCCAACGCUCAAGGAGGUUGUGGACCAUCAAACCUCAACUGUUCUCAGAAACCAUCAGGAGGUUACGCUGGAGGCAAUGUACACAUAUUUGGAGGUUCAGGUGGUAGCGUAAUUGGAAGCCUACCAGGACUUGCAGGAAGCAUUUUGGAAGGAAAACCAGCAUCAGGCGGGUCUCCUUGUGGACCUUUGAAUCCAAACUGUGGUCAUAAGCCUAGUAGCUAUGGUGCAGGAGGUAUAAGCGUAACUGGAAACCUGCCAGGACCUUCUGUAGGAUAUGUAAACGUAGCUGGUAACCUACCAGGACCUUCAGGAAGUAUUCAUGAUAUCAAGCCAGUGAUUGAAGGAUGUGGACCUUCAAAUCCCAACUGUUCGCAGAAGCCUACUGGGGGCUAUGCUGGAGGAAGUGUAAGCGUAAAUGGAAACGUGCCAGGAUUUUCGGUAGGAAAUGUAAACUUGGCUGGUAACCUACCAGGACCUUCGGGAAGUAUCCAUAAUAGCAAGCCAGUGUUACAGGCAUGUGGACCCUCAAAUCCUAACUGCUCUCAGAAACCUACUGGAGGAUAUGCUGGUGGAAGUGUGAGCAUCACUGGAAACCUGCCAGGACUUUCAGGAAUUAUCCAUGAGGUUAAUAAAGUAUUUGAAGGAUGUGGACCUUCAAACCCUAGCUGCUCUCAGAAACCUACUGGAGGAGGGUAUGCAGGAGGAAGUGUAAGCCCAACUACAAAUCUACCAGGUCCUUCAGGAAGUAUCCACGAGAUCAAACCAGUAUCUGAAGGAUGUGGACCUUCAAACCCCAACUGUGCACAGAAACCUACUGGGGGCUAUGCUGGAGGAAGUGUAAGCAUAACUGGAAAUCUACCAGGCCCUUCAGGCAGUAUCAACGACAGCAAGCCAGUUACUGAAGUAUGUGGACCGUCAAAUCCUAAUUGCUCACAGAAGUCUGCUGGUGGAUAUGCAGGAGGAAGUGUAACAGUUACUGGAAACCUACCUGGACCUUCAGGUAGUAUCAAACCGGUGGCUGAAGGAUGUGGACCUUCAAACCCUAACUGUUCUCAGAAACCUACUGGAGGGUAUGCUGGAGGAAGUGUAAGCAUAACAGGAAAUGUACCAGGGCCUUCAGGAAGUAUCCACGAUAGAAAGCCAGUAUCUGAAGGAUGUGGGCCUUCAAACCCUAACUGCUCCCACAAACCUACCGGGGGAUAUGCAGGAGGAAGUGUAAGCAUAACUGGAAAUCUGCCAGGAUCUUCGGGAAGUAUUCAUGAGAGCAAGACAGUAUCUGAAGGAUGUGGUCCUUCAAAUCCAGACUGCUCUCUAAGGCCUACUACAGGAUACGCAGGAGGAAGUGUGAGCAUCACUGGAAACCUACCAGGACCUUCAGGAAGCAUCCAUGAGAGUAAACCAGCGUCUGAAGUAUGUGGACCAUCAAAUCCUAAUUGCUCACAGAAGCCUGCUGGAGGAUAUGCUGGUGGAAGUGUAACCAUUACUGGAAACCUACCUGGACCUUCAGGUACUAUCAAACCAGUGUCUGAAGGAUGUGGACCUUCAAACCCUAACUGUUCUCAGAAACCUACUGGAGGGUAUGGUGGAGGAAGUGUAAGCACAACUGCAAAUCUGCCAGGACCUUCAGGAGGCACCGUCGACAGCAAACCAAUUUCUUCUGGAGGCAGUAUAAACGUAAACGGUAAUUUACCAGGUCUUACCGGAAACAUACAUGUCGAUAAGUCUGCAUCUGUAGUUUUACCUGAAGAACGACCGUCUUAUGAUAUAAAUGAUGGUGGAGUACACUCCUUCUCUCAUACGCAUAAUACAGGCACAAUUCAUUUUGGAUUUGGAACAAAAUGUGGGCCACAUGACUCCCAUUGCUCUAAUAAACCAGCUACUUCUACAACAGCAGGUGCAAAUGCAGGUGCUCAUGCAAGUGUCAAUACCGGAGCGUAUAGCGGUUCUUCAGCAGGAGCAGUCAAGGGCAACGGAUGCGAUUCAAGCAACCCUAAUUGCGGAGGUAAACCAAGUGGCUCUUAUAGUCAUCCACCUACGGGAAGCCUUCCUGGCCCCCAGGGAAGUAUUCACGAUAGUAAACCUGCUCCCAGUUCAGGAUGUGGAUCGAAUUCAAACUGUUUAUCGAAGCCUACACACUCAGGUGCCUACAAUCAAGUAACCACUACUACUGCAGCAGGUAGUACUGCUGGUACUUAUGGAUCUCAUGGGUGUGGACCAUCAAACCCCAACUGCUCUGGUAAACCAGUAGCCCCCGAUACUUACGUUCCCGGUAGCGCACCGAUUGAUAAGUUCCCAGGUCCUAAGGGAAGUAUUCAUGACAGUAAGCCGGCAACUGGACACCCAGGAAGUACUUACAACCAAGCGACUAGCACAACUUCAGGUAUUUCAACUGGUACUGUAUCUACAGGAAAUUUACCAAAACCUGAAGGAAACAUUUAUGAUGGCAAACCAGCUCCGGCAUUAGAAUGUGGACCUUCAAAUCCAAAUUGUGCAGGAAAACCUGCUGACAUGGCAGUCUCCGGGACUUUCGCGAUGGGUGCUUUCCCAGGACUCCAUGGUGGUAUUUUCGAUGGAAAGCCAGGUCAUCCUUGCGAUCCUCUUGAUCCUCAUUGCUCUCAGAAACCCCACGGACAUUCACCUCAUCCCAAACCUGUGCUUCACGACAUGUUCCCAUUUCAUCAUGAAAAGCCCACUCAUCAUUUUCUUCCGCCCAUAGACGGUUGUUCUCCAUUGAACCCCCAUUGCAGUCCAAAGCAUACUCCCAUUCCAGUUCACACUACCCCCGUUGAGGGACAGAAACCGACAGUGGUUACUAUCCCAAUAACGCCCAAUAUUAGGCCUGUUGUGGAGGCUCCUCAGCAAGAAACACCUAAGAAGAAAUGCGAGUAUCCCGAAGGCACGAAGGAAGAAGAUAAGGCAGAAGAAUGCACAACGAAGGUGGACGUUAGCGGAUACGGUGUCAGCUUUGGAACAUUUUCUGGUUCAACAACAUCUUCAGACGAAGCAAAAACUGAAGAAAAGACUACGGAGGCAACUGUUGUCAGUGAGACACCAAGCGUUGUUAAUGAGAAGGGAGAUGGAGUAGUUAGCAUCGUACACUCAUCUGCUGGUUCUGUGAGUACAAGUACCGGAGCAGAAGAAAGCAAAGAAAAGCACGACGAACCAAAGUUGCCCGAACCAGAACAUCAUGAACCUAAGCCAUCUCAGCCAGAACAUCACGAGCCAAAACUUACAGAACCAAAACACGAUAAACCUAACGAGUCAAAGCUUCCAGAACCAGAACAUCACGAGCCAAAACCUGAACAACAUGAACCAACUCACAAAGAAGAUGAUCAUGUACCACAUUCCCCUGCUUCUGACCAUCAUAAACCAGAUCCCCAUUUCUUUGAUCAUCAUCACUCAGAUCACCAUAUGCACGGUCAUCACGACAAGCUUCAUCCAAAAGUAGAUCAUCAUGUCCCCGAACUUCAUGAUAAGCCUGGUUGUAAAGGGGGUUCUUGCGGUGUAGAUAUUGGAUCAUCAGUAACGUCAAGUGGUUCAGUUGGUGGAAUCGACGAGCAUAAUCAUGUUGAUCAUCAUAAACCUGGCUGUAAAGGCGGUUCUUCUUGUGGGGUAGAUAUUCAGACAUCAGCAAUCUCAGCCGGUGCUGUCGCUGGAUCAUUUGGUGGAAUUGACCAACAUCAUCAUACCGAUCAUCCUCUUAAACCUGGUUGUAAAGGGCGUUCUUGUGGAGUGGAUAUUGCGACAGUAACGUCAAGUGGUUCGGUUGGUGGAAUCGACGAGCAUCAUCCUGUUGAUCAUCAUAAGCCUGGUUGUAAAGGCGGUUCUUCUUGUGGGGUAGAUGUUCAGACAUCAGUAAUCUCAGCCGGUGCUGUAGCUGGAUCAUUUGGUGGAGUUGACCAACAUCAUCAUACCGAUCAUCCUCUUAAACCUGGUUGUAAAGGGGGUUCUUGUGGAGUGGAUAUUGCGACAGUAACGUCAAGUGGUUCAGUUGGUGGAGUCGACGAGCAUCAUCCUGUUGAUCAUCAUAAGCCUGGUUGUAAAGGUGGUUCUUCCUGUGGAGUAGAUAUUCAAACCUCAAUAACCUCAACUGGUACAGUAGCUGGGUCAUUUGGUGCUCAUGAAAAGUCUGAUCAUGGUAUUGGCGUUGUAGAUAUCACCACAUCCGUCAGUUCAGGCGAAUCUAAACAUGUUAAGCCUGACAUUGGCUCAGUUGGUACGACGUCUGGAGGAUCAGAGCACCACAAUAAGCCUGAAUGCUCAGGUGGUUCGUGUGGUGGUUCAACAGUUACUUCUAGUGGUGGUGUUUCAGGAUCAGUUGGCGGCAGCUAUGACCUUAAACCUGGAUGUAAAGGAGGUGCUUGUGGUGCAGGAGGUGAUGAACAGAAACCAACUUGCAUAGGAGCUGCCUGUGGUGGAUCAUCAAACGCAGGAUCUGGUGGAGUAUCUAUUGGUUAUGGAGGGGUACACGUUGGGGCAGGAGCAGGAGCUGUUUCUGGAAGCCACGGUGGUUCAUAUGGAGGACAUGGGUGCUCUGGUAGUUCGUGUGGAGGAGGUGGAAGUUAUGGAGGAUCUGGAUCAGAUUCUGGAUUCGCUACCGGAUCAGUAACGAUUCAUAAAAACGAUGGGUCAGUAUCAACGAUCGGAGAUGGGUCGAUUGCUGGCCAUGGAUGUCUUGAUGGAAACUGUGGAUCAAGUGGAACAGGAUCUGGUGGAGUAGCUGGAGGAUUCGGUGGUAGUGGAGCAACUGCUGGCAGUGGAAGCUAUAGUGGUGGUGGUGUUAUGGGUGGAACCCAUGGUGCAGGUUGUCCUGGAGGAUGUAGCUUCCCCCUUCCCAUCCCUGGAAUUGGAGCAGGCGCUAACGCUGGAUCAUUCGCGCAUAGCUUUGCAUCCGCGUCUGCCUCUGCAGGAGCCAGUGCCAGUUCAGGAUCGUCAGCGGGAGCUGGUGGUUUUGGUCUUCCCGGAUUGUUGCACAAGGGAGGACCGUUUAUAAAAGGGGGAGGUGUCGCAGGAAGCAGUUCGUUUAGCAGCUCUAGUUCGUUCAGCAGUGCAAAUGCGGGGUCAUAUAGUUCGUCGGGAGUAUUCGGACAAGGUCAGUAGGUAUGGAGAUAGUACAGACAAAAUAACUUAAUACAGCGCAACCCGCUUAUAAUGGAC